AUGCCUCUAUCUAUAGCAACUAUUUACGAAGUCUUCGACGCCAAAAAUCUAGGAUUAUAUUUCCCAAGAAAGGAUCAAUGCGAGAAAUUCUCUUUGUUCAAAGUUGGAAAUUUAGCGGCAGAAGAAUAUUCAGAACAUCAGCAGAAAAAAGAAGAAGCUAGAAUAGAAAAUGACAAAGACAAGAAUGAAGGAAAGAUUGUGUUCACAGUUGACAUGCAAGCAGUUAUGAUGGCACCAAAGUCAAAAAUAAGUAGUUUGUAUUACAGAACAAAACUCCAAGUACAUAAUUUGACAUUCUUUAAUGUAAAAAACAGAGACGGAUUUUGUUACUUAUGGAACGAAACUGAAGGUGGACUAAAUUCUGAAGAGUUUGCAAGUGUAUGGGUUGAUUAA